AUGGACGCUGCAGAACCAGCUGAACUCUGCUUUCCUCAGCUCUUCAACUCCUCCUGCAGGAAGCCUCCAGCUCCUCCGUCCACGGCCACGGCCGUGCUGGUCCACGUCCUGCUGUCCUUCGCCUCUGUGCUCACUGCUGUCCUCAACAUGCUGGUCAUCAUUUCCAUCUCACACUUCAGGCAGCUCCACACCUCCACCAACCUCCUGCUCCUCUCUCUGGCAGUGUCAGACUUCCUGGUGGGCCUCCUGCUGAUGCCGGUUGAAAUCCUUUCCUCCGAUACCUGCUGGCUCCUGGGUGAUGCUGCGUGUGCUCUGUACUACAUUGUCACUUUUAUCAUCACUUCUUCUUCUGUAGGAAGUGCGGUGCUCAUAUCAAUCGACCGCUACUUGGCUGUCUGCGAUCCCCUGCACUACCCCAACAGAGUCACUCUGAACAGAACUAAAGUCUGCAUCUGUCUCUGCUGGGUCUGUUCCUCCAUCUAUAACACCACCCUCAUCCUGAGAAACUUCCUCCGACAGUCGGAUUCUCACAGCGCCUGCAGGGGAGAGUGUGUGGUGAUCCUCAGUAACGCCACGGUCACCGUGGACUUUGUGGUGAACUUCAGCGCUCCCAUCACGGUCAUCAUCAUUCUGUAUCUGAGGGUGUUUGCGGUGGCGGUGUCUCAGGCUCAGGCCAUGCGCUCUCACGUCGCAGCACAUCAGCGCUCCCUCGCCGUCAAGAAAUCUGAGCUGAAAGCAGCAAAGACCCUGGGCGUGGUGGUGGUGGUGUUUGUGAUCUGUCUGUGUCCUUAUUACGCUCCAACCUUCAUAGGUCAGGGUGUGGAGGAAAAUACCUUCACCUCUUCGUUUGUGGUCUGGUUGGCGUAUUUGAACUCAUGUCUGAACCCUCUGAUCUACACUAUGUUUUACCCCUGGUUCAGGAAAUCCAUCAAAAUCAUUGUGACACUGCAGAUCCUGAAGCCCAACUCUCGCCACGCUAAGAUAAUGUAG